UCAGCCGUUUCGAGGACAGUCUUCGCGUAUUAGAUUUCUGGUGCUUAGUGUUUACAGAUGAGGUUCUGAUCGGCUUAUUUUAAUAGUAAACGUUAAUCAGGGCCUAAUAUCAAUAAAACUGCACCUCAGAUGUGUUUGGACAUGCCUCUUUUCACGAUAUUUGGAGGUUUCUAUAAAUGUAGCAAAGCGAAAUAAGAUAACUGUGAUCGGAAGCUAUUGCUGUCCUCCACGAAUGUUUUGCUGACGUACAGUUGGCAAAGAAUUUAGUAGAUAAAUGCUUCCACCAUUAAAUGAUAUUUCUACAGCGUUUUGACCGGGCUGGUGUGCCAUACAGUGUGUUUACGAACCAAAACGAGGUCAGGCGAAGUGCGUCAAGCUGUGGGGCUCGCAUUGUUUAAAUACUGCGGCGCUCGCUAGCAACUCGGAUACCUCGGGUCGGCUGUGUUUUCAAGUGGACUCUCUCUCCUCAGCUGCUCCACACAACAGCAAAAUGUCCGUCUAUGAGCAAAGAGAAAUUUCCGCACCAAGGGUGGGGCGAUUCAAGGUUUUCAUUCAGCAUACCGUCAUCUCAAAGCUUUGUGUCCUGAUUUUCAGUCGCCCAAGGGAGACUUGAAGUCAUGCCAGUUUGUCAUCCUCACUGUCCAUGAUCUUGGUAGCAAUCAUACAAUGUGGACCAAUUUUUUAAACCACUAUGCUAUGGAAGAGAUCAUGAGGCGAGCAGCAUUUAUUCAUGUUGAUAUACCAGGCCAGGAGGACGAGGCUAGUGAUUUGCCUGCAGACUACAUAUUUCCAUCCAUGCAGACUCUUGGAGAAGAUCUGGUGUGUGUUCUAGAUCAGUUAGACGUGAAAUCGGUGAUUUGUAUUGGAGAAGGUGCAGGAGCAAAUGUUAUUGCAAGAUUUGCGAUCGCACAGCCGGAUCGUGUCAUGGGAAUUUGCCUCAUACACUGCACAGGCACCACUGCUGGUUUCAUGGAGUCUUUGAAGGACAAGCUGAUCAACUGGAAGCUGGAGCAGAUUGGAAUGAAUCCCACUGCUGAAGCAUACUUAUGUCUUCAUCGCUUUGGAUCUCAAGAAAAAAGACUAAGUUCCCAUGUCCGGACCAGACACUUGAAGCUCAAGAGAAAUAAGAGUUCAAAUUUGUUCGAGAAGGCUGAGAGCAAGGAUCAGCUGCAGAAGGUCAUUGAAAAUUUCCAGGAAUCAUUGCGAUCUAAAAUCAACCCACGCAAUCUCAAGAAAUUUGUUCAGGCUUUUAUGAAGCGAAGCAAUAUUGCUGACAACAUCGGAAAGAUAAAGUGCCCAAUCUUGAUGGUGACAGGCAGCAAAGCAUCCUGCAAUGAUGAAGUUCAUAGUUUGUUUAGCCGAGUGCGAGCAGUAUUGGACAAAAAGAAAGUAGAUUUCCUUGAGGUGGAUGGUGUUGCCAAUGUCAUUGAGGAAAAGCCUGAGAGGUUUGCUGAGAGCUUCUUGUAUUUUCUUCAAGGACUUGGAUUUGUUGGAGGAGUGCCUAUGCCACGAGUUCAGCGGUCAGCAUCAAUUGAAGGCAGUCCUGGUGUGAUGCCAGGCCGCACCCGCAGCAUGUCUAUGGAAGAGGCUGAUAUGCCUCGUGGUAUCUACUCUAUGUCACCUCCAAAGCAUGGAGGAUCAACACUGUCCUCCAGUCCUACAAAAAGCUAAGUCUGCAGUUCCUCCUUCAUACUUGUGAACAUUCUGCAAGUUCUGCCAACUGCCCAUUUUUGACUUGUCCACAGUCACCAGUACCUUGUGUAGAAAAAUUGUUCUAAAGAUUUCUCAUGCACUUCCUCUGUAAAAACACUUUAGGCAUUAUAUUGCACAAAGAACCUCUCCUUCAGUGCUUAAAUUGACAGAUUGUCAUUGUCAAGAUUCUUUAUUCUUUAUGGGUUGUGUUUGGUAUUCACUGUACCAUACAUCCGGAAGCAUUUCUUCACAGUAGUGUUGGUCUUUAAUGAACCAACUUUAAUGUAAAAGUUUGUUAGUAGGCUCUGGGUUUUGCUUUUUUUUUUUAGGUCGGGUAAACAUUAAUAAGUGCCAUUGGUCUUGGAUAGUGAGUGUUCAAAAAACAUCAAUAGGUCAAGGUGACUCAUUUUCUGAGUCUUCCUAUACCUACCUAUAUUGUUGAAGUUUUAGAAUGUGGUACAACAAAUUUAAUGCCAUUGUCUGUAUUAGAGAUUUCUAAAACAUUGUUGUGGAAGGAAAAAAAAUAUAAAGAACUCAUGCCUGUUUUAAUAAAAAAAAAUGUUAAAGCUGGACAUUGCAAGUAUUACUAAUUUCUUAACAUUACCGUAAGGAAUAUUAUGACGUGUGAAUGGAAUUAUGUUAUGUAAAUAUGUAAUUAAUGACACAUUCAUAACAUUAUAACAGUUUAAUGUGAAUUUUAUUGAUGCAACCAUAAACAGUAUUCCUUGGAAUACGGUGGCAUUUGUUAGGGUAAAUAUCAACUGAGCCCUAAGCAGUAAAAUGUGAAGUGUUUAGUUACCAUUCCUCAUCAAGGCAUGUCGGUCCAAAUGCUGUGUACAUUUAUGUCUUUUGUGUAGGAUGAAUUUUGUUCUUGAGUCAAGUUCGUGGAAACCUGAAGGCUUAAUAUUUACAUAUAGAAAAGGUCCAUUUUGUGGUGCAGACACAAUUAUUGGGUUAAUGCAGCAUUCUUGAUGUCACAUCUUUAGAGUGUUUACCAUUGUGGAAACUGAACUUACUAUUUGUCUUGAGUAUUGUUUGGACCACACAUUAUGUUAUGUGUACAGUAAGAACAAGAACGAAAAUAAUAUGCACUGUGGAAUAAGCAAUGGUAUACAAAGUAACAAAUGCAGACCUGAAUGAGUGAACAAGAAAAACAUUCUAUGCACCAUCAUCCACUGUAAGCUUGUGGAUUAUUGUUAAUUCAUUAUGAUUAUUUCUUUCCUUCAGCUGCAAUGUAGCUGAUUUUGCUGAGAUGUUCUCAACGCCUCUCAGAUGUUGUGCUUAACCUGAAGUUUUCCUAGGUAGCAAUGAAGUAAUUGUUGGUGUCUGCAGUGACAGUGAGUCCAUGCAGCAGUUAUAUGGCUUUUAUUUCAUGUUUUCUAAUGCUGUUGAUUAUUUGACCAUGUAUUUUUGCUAUGUUGAAUAGUCAUAAACAUAUCUGUAUGUCUUUCUUCAGGCAUACAGAAUUAGAAAACCUGCUUUUUUUCUGACAGGCAGCUUAAUAUGCACUCCUUGGUGUAACCACAGAUGAAGUUUUUAGAAGAUUGCAUUAGCAAAAUCAGAGAAUUAUUUGGUCCUGUUCAUAGGCAUGUACAGGAGUAUUCUGGUCAUUGUUCUUUUCUUGAAGUCAGAAGUGUAUUUUUCAUUUUUAUAGUUCCCCUAAAAACAAAAAGAGUAUUGAGUUCAUUACAGCUUCUCCAUUCAGUAAUAUGUGGUUUGACAUUAUCUUCUUGAACUGUUAAGAAAAGUUGUUUUGGGGAAACACUUUGCUCCCUACUAGAAGCAGUGACAUGGCAAAAUUACCAGCUAAAGAAUAUGGUGUGAUUCUCUUUCCUGUAUAUUCAGUGUCAUUAUUUCUAUGCAGUGUUUUCAGGAGUACAUGUUAGAUGCACCAGUAGAAUGGAAAACUAAAACCUCUUGAUAACAUUUGCUGGCAUUCACACAGUUUUAACGUAACUAGAAAGUCAUGCUGGUGAUGCUGAAAGUAUACUGUUUCAAACAGUUGCCCUUGCUCAUUGAUUCAGGUUUUUUUCCCCCAAAAGAUCUUAUUUAUCAGCAAUUGCCACAUGGGUGGAUGGCGGAUAUUUAUGGGAAGAAAUUUCCACUGUUUUGCAGCACAAUAAAACUCCGGGAAAGCCUGCUGCUAAUCCAGCAACUAAGUUUGCCUGAUGGAGUAGGGGAGGUAAUAACAGGUCAAUGUGAACUUGACGUGACCACAAGGCAAGGAAACAAUUACUGUUGUCAUAAAACUGUUUGCAGAGCUCAUUUGCAGUAUUGAUAAUGUCUCAUUUACCUGAUUAUUGCUAGACCUGUUUGCAUGCAGCUGUUCAUGUUGGAGGAGGCAAAGUCUGCUUUCUACUACCUGGAGUCCUGAGACACUGCAGUUGGAGUAUGAACACAGACUGAAUGGCUCUUUUUACAUGCAUAUGCAUAGCUGCCUAGUUCAGCGAUCAGCUAGCUUUCAUUGGGUUUUGCCUUUGGCAGAGUAGAAGGAUAGCUUUUAUACACACAUGAUCAUAUGAUCAACAUUUAAACGAUCCAGAAACAUAGAAGAAAAGUGCUUUCUGUGUCUCUUACAUUUACUGAUGACAACAGUGACAAGGUUAAUUGCUCAAGUUGGAAACAAAUUUUAUGAAUAUUUUAGAAACCCUCACUUCAUUUUUUUUAAACAUAUUUCUUUCUAGAAACCUGAUUUAAAUACUGCAUUCCACUGGCUUCGGUGUUGCUCUCUGAUUCUCACAAGAGAAUAACACGCUUCUUGUCUGCAAUUCUGAGAGCCACAACUGUAAUGAAGGCAUGCUACAUAACAUACCAUCUGUGAAUAGUUCAUGCAGUAAGACUCUGUUAUCCAGUCUGACAGAAAGCAGCUUACUUAUGCUGAUAGUUGAUGUGGAAUUUGCUGUAUCAUGCCGUUUGAGAAUACAGUAUUAAAGAUGGUCAGGAUUAGGACCUGGCCUUUAUUUAUUUUUAAUGACAUUUCAAUAAGUAGCUGUAUUCUGGUGGUAUCUUGUCAUUUUCAUUAUUUUUAAGGCAAAGUUGGGGGCUACUUAGACAAAAGAUGCCAUAGUCAUUUUUAAAAACAGUAAAUUUUAUUUAUUCCUGAUUGAUUUUAGUCAUAAAAGAGAAAAAUUUCUGUUGUCAAACUGCUUUCAAGUUGCAAUACAAACUUUACAUUUUGUGAGGAUUCUUUGUGUCUGUUGAAGACAAAGCAACAGUUUAACAAGCAUUUUACAUGCUGUUUGCAUAUUGUUGUACGAUAUUUAUUUUAUGUUUAUUAUUCAAGAACAGUAUUCAUGCUGAUUGUCUAGAUGCAGUUUGUUAGAUCUGGGAAAGUACAAGUAUGUGCCUACAAGUGUAACUUUAGGUGCUUUCUUCAGUAUUUCUGUACCAUGAGCGGGCUUAUCUGAAGCAGCUUCAAACCUGCCCAUGCACUUUCUGUCAGUAACAUCAAGUUUGUUUCGUAUGUGUUUAUUUUGGUAUUGUAUGAAUGUUUUACAGGUUUAGGUUGUCAGACUCAAUAACAUGUUUGUUGAAAUGUUGUGGUGUCAGCAUUUAUUUUAAAUGUCAUCCUUCAUAUUCUGUUAUUUACCAUUUUCAUUUAAAAAGACAUGCAGUCUACUUUGGCUGGUUUCAGGCAGGCAUGAUCACUUGUUCUUUAGUUUCCAUGUUAACACUUCAACAGAGUUAGGGGUGUUUAGUCUAAAAUAUAAUACUGAAGAGCUCUGACAAAAUCAGAAACACUGAAGCAAGCAUCUGAGGCAAUAGUCUGUUAUUAAAAAGGAUCUGAGAAUGGCUGUAUAUGAUAAUCAUUGCAUCUGUGUAUUAAUUGAACUCACAAACUGUAUCUUUGGAAAGGCCAGAGGCAGUUCUUUGAAUUGCACAGUGGUGAUCUGUGGAAAAGUGCUUUGCAUACUAACAACACUUAAUUUUGGUUUAUUGGUGUACAUGUAUAUACAUCUUGUUUCCACCACGCAGAAAUCAUGCCCUAAUGUACAUGUUUUAUGCGAAAAGCUUUCUGUAGCCAUGAUGCAUUUACCCAUUUGUAUUCAGAAAUCUUUAAGAUAUUUAAUCUGGAUAAAAUCCCACUAUAGUUUUCCUUUAAAGGAAGUUAUCCAAAAUAAAAAUUUAGAGCUAUG